GCACACAAUGAGGCGCCGUGGAGUCGCUCAACAAUGACGCGUAUUCAGAGGGCAGGUCGGCACGCCGCCGCAAAUACAAAUAGCUGCAAAGGUUGGCACAAAAUGGAAGCUUUCAAAAUUGGACUACGCAGAGUCGUCUGCGAUAACGGAGGAAGGGGAAUUUACCGAAGCGAUGUGUAGAGAGGUAAGGAAUAAGGAAACAACAAAACGAAAAAAACGAGAAAGGAGGGGAACGGAAGUGCGACGGUCUCCUCUCCGGUGAGCUCGUAGCGGCAGAGGAGCACCUUUUUGCAGACGAUCUCGCGUUGCAGACGAUUUUCAGCUGCAGACGAGUAGCAGACGACACCUCAAACAGGUGACCGAACCAGCAAGACAACCUGAACUUGAGGACUGCACAUCCGUAGCAGGCGAACAACACGGCGGACCAUUUGUCAAAGUUUGACUUGGAAGACAUUCCUCAGGAUCUGCUGCUACUGCUGCUCGAGAAAGCAGCAUUCUUCAGCGAUGGUCACCAAAAACAGCAAGUCGUCAGCACCGACUAGCAAUGGCGGGGGAAAGAGAAGCAAUAAGACCAAAGAUUCAACGGUCAAGAAAGCUGUUUUCAUCACGGGCUGCGACACCGGAUUCGGCCAUGAGCUAGCCAAGCGCCUAGACGCCGGCGGAUUUCAAGUGCUAGCCGGAUGCCUGAACCCGAGUUCAGAGGGAGCCACCAUGCUCCGAGACUUCUGCUCCCCGUCCCUCAGGGUCGUCCACCUUGACGUGACCAAGGAGGACCACAUCCGACGGGCCGCUAAGACUCUCGCAGGAGAGCUCGGAACCAGAGCGCUGUGGGCGGUGGUGGCCAACGCCGGCAUGAUGUCGGCCGGAGAGCUGGAAUGGGGCAGCAGCGACAGCGUCCGCUACCUGUUCGAGGUGAACGUGUUCGGCGUCGUCAACGUCGUCAAGAUGGCGCUGCCGUUCCUGCGGCGCACCCAGAACGCCAGAGUGGUCAUCGUGGCCAGUGUGGCGGGGCGCGUCACGUACCCAGGCCUGGCGUACUACUGCAUGUCCAAGCACGCGGUGGUGUCCUUCGCCGACGGACUCCGGCGCGAGAUGCGCAAGUGGAGCAUCGUCGUCUCCACCAUCGAGCCCGUGCUGUACAGAACCAAGAUGGCGCUCCCCGAGCAGAUCCAGUGCUCCAUGGACCAAGCCUGGCAAGACAGUCCAGAGUCGGUGCGCGAGACCUACGGCAAGAACUACUUCGAGGCGUUCCGGUCCCGCUGCCUCGAGUUCCUGGCGAGGCGGUGCAGGGACGAACUCUACGAGGUCGUGGACAACAUGGUGCACGCCGUCAGCUCCAGGAGACCCAAGCGGAGCUACUUCUGUGGCGGAACGGGCGACCGGUUCCGGUUCAGCCUGUUCCGCAUGUUGGCGCCGACCACAGUGGACCGGAUUCUCUGCUCCAUCAACCAGAGCGAAAUACGGAGGUCCAUCUCGGACGAAUGAUUGGGACUGACCGUGUCUCGGCAUGCUCGCGUUCCUUCGCCGUCUGCUUCUGGAGACCUGUCGUGGUAGCGGACGAACGUUGAUACAGUAGCCAACAUCCCCAAUCACAUUGCUCAAACAUCCUACAAAAGACCCGAUCUGCCGACAUUAUAACAGAAAGAUCUGCGGACACACGUCAAGCACGGCUGAAGUAUGUUUUCUUCGUACAUAUGCUUUCUGCUUCGAUUAUGUCCGCAGACAGUUUUCGUAUGGCCAACGUGACAGGGUGGCCCUACAAGGAAGGAAUACCCCUGAGACCAUGUCUGCAGGCGGUCUUUUGUAUGAUGUAUAAGCAGUGAGACUGCCGCUUAAGUAGUUAAGCCAAUCACGGAGUGUAGCCGAAGCCGGUAUAGGAACGUGCACCUUCAAAGGGAACCUACUGGAAGCCUCGGAGCGUCAGCCGAAGUUUCGCUCCCUUGUUGUUGUUGUUGUUGCUUUGGUGCAGAGCCUGUGUCUUUUAACGAAUUUUCGGAGAUAUCCGGGAGUUCUUACUCCUGGAUGGCGCCAAAGAAUCUGUUUUAUAGGGAAACCUCCGCUGCCAUUGCUACACUUGUGGGAGCUGUCUCUUAGCGAAACAUCGGCUACCGCUUCAAAACUUCCAGAAGGCGCCUUUUUUUUUUUUUUUCAAGUAUCAAUGAGAAGAAUGGUAGGGUCAAAACGCCUCGAAGACUCAACCUUCUUUCUCUUCCCUCGUUCUUUUGUGCCAUCGUUGCCUUUUCUGCUAUACCAAGACGUGCCCUCCCCAGCAGUCUGGUCUUCUAUACUCAUCAAUAAACACACGACUUCGAA